AUGGGAGGAAUAUUUUCGAAAAAAGAGAAAGCGCCCAAAUCAGCGCCAGUGUCGGAUCAGGACAACGCAAUUCUGGCAUUAAAAACGCAGAGGGACAAGAUGAAACAAAUGGUGAAACGGAAGGAGAAUUGUCUAGAAAAAGAGCGGCAGCUAGCGAAACAAUUGUUGAAAGAUGGCAAGAAAGACCGCGCAUUGCUCAUCCUUAAGAAGAAGCGAUACCAGGAAAAUAUCAUCGAUCAAACGCUGAAACAUUUAAGCAAAAUUGAGCAAAUGGUAACCGACUUAGAAUUUGCUGAAGUUCAACAACGAGUAACCGAGGGACUUCGACAAGGAAAUGAGGCUCUAAAGAGGAUGAAUCAACUGUUCGAUAUCGAUGAAAUCGACAAAAUCAUGGAGGAAACCAAGGAAGCCGCGGAGUAUCAAGCGGAAAUUUCAAAUAUGCUCUCUGGCCAGCUAUCCAACGCCGAUGUGUCCGAUGUGGAAAAUGAAUUGGAGGAGCUAUUGGCCGCCCAAGUUCCUGUAGAUCUUCCAGAGGUUCCAGACCAUGAAAUGCCUGAAAAAGUUGCGGAAAAAGAAAAAGAGAAGCCACGCCGCGAAAAAAUCGCUCUGGAAGCCUAA